UUAUCACCUACACUCUAAUCUUCCUCUCUUGCCUCUUGCCAGUCACUUCAGUUUUCAGUUGACAGUCCGGUAGUGACCGGUGUACAAGAAAGUUGGUGUCACUAUCAGAUUAAUAUUAUCUUAAAUUUUUUUUUUUUUAAUUUACCAAAAUAUGACUCCUGUUGCUCUUGUUACCGGCUCAAAUAAAGGGAUUGGGUUUGGCAUUGUAAAAGGAUUAUGUGAAAAGUUCCCUGGAAUUGUCUACCUUACUGCAAGAGAUGAGGAGCGUGGGAAGGCAGCUGUUGCAGAAUUAAACAAGCUUGGCUUAAAGCCAGAGUUCCACCAGCUAGAUGUAACAAAUAAAGAAAGCACUAUUCGCUUGAGGAACUUCAUUCAGGAAAAGCAUGGAGGACUUGAUGUGCUCGUCAAUAAUGCUGGUAUUGCAUUCAAGGCAUCUGCGACUGAACCAGUAUCUGUCCAAGCUGAAGUAACUCUUGCAACAAAUUAUUUUGCUCUUGUUGAUUUUUGCAAUGAAAUUUUCCCAUUGUUACGACCACAUGCAAGAGUUGUUAAUAUUUCAAGCUCAUGUGGACAUUUGCUUCGAAUUCCUGGGGAAGAAAUACGCAAACAAUUCUUGAAUCCAAACCUCUCUGUGGAUGAGUUGUCAGAGCUAAUGCAAAAUUAUGUCACUGCUGCUAAAAAUGGAAAUCAAGAAGCCUUGGGCUGGGGCUCUGGUUCUUACAAUGUUUCAAAAGUAGGUGUAAGCAAACUUUCUUUCAUUCAACAAGCCAUGUUUGAUAAGAAUGGACCAGAAGAUGUUAUUGUAAAUGCAGUGCACCCUGGAUACGUUGAUACAGAUAUGACAAGUCACAAAGGGCCAUUGACAAUUGAGGAAGGUGCUGCUGCCGCUAUCUACUUGUCUUUACUCCCUCAGAAUAUUGCACAACCACGUGGUGCCUACAUUUGGCAUGACAAAAGAGUUGUGGACUGGACGAAACCCCUUCCUGCUGUUGUUUAACUCGGUUUAACUGUACUGUUUUCACUGAAUGCUCACAAUAAAAUUUUUAUCAAUUUAACAA